AUGAAGUUCACUACUGUUUUCGCUGCUGCUCUGGCCGUUGCUGGCCUGGUCUCUGCUGAGGCCCCCCUUCGCUCGCACGAGCUGAAGGCCCGCCACGCUACUGAGAACAACCUCGAGAAGCGCGGUGGUGGCAAGCUUACCUGGUACGCUGGCUACAUGCUCGACAACCCUGCUUGCGGUGGCUCGACCCCCAACGACGGUGACCUUAUUGUCGCUGUCGCUCAGAACGGUGGCUACGGCUCCUGCAACCAGAAGGUUCAGCUCUCGUACCAGGGCAAGUCUGUCCAGGCCACCAUCCGUGACUACUGCGACGGUUGCGGCUACGGUCACUUCGACGCCACCAAGGGUCUCUUCAAGCACUUCGCUGGCCUUGAUGAGGGUGUCCUGACCGGUAUCGACUUCAAGCUUCUCUAA